GUGAAGGGCUAAUACACAAAAUGGAUACAAAGUCUGUGCUUCUCCUAGUGAUAUUGAUGUUUGUCAACAGAGCAGUGGGAGGGCUGUUAAGCCUACAGUUAUGUCACUCCCAUUGUAACAUAGGAGAAGUAGACUGUCUUCUACAGUGCCCAACUAUCCUGUGUGAGCAGGACUGCACCAGGGCUGAACGGAGGUGUGUGGAGCUUUGCGAUGCUGAACACACCACAACCCAGCAAGUGAUGACCGUAGAUCCCAACAUCUUGACAACUAAGACACACAUGCACACAAAAAGUACGACAGCAGCCCCCACUACAAGGGAGACGCCCACCCCAUCAACAGUGUCAGGGACCUCAGAAAUAAAACCCACCCCCAAGCCGCAUCGUCCACCCACAACUACAACUGAAGUCAUCACCACAACUGAGGAUAAAAAUGGAGUUGUCAUUAUUGGUUAAUUAAAACAAAUUUAUCA